AUGGAUUUAGAGGCACUUUUUUGUUGGUUAUCUCAUGAUAAUGCAUUUAUUUGGACAUUUGCUAUACCUUUUAUAUUGUUAAUUCUUAUUAAUUUUUGUUUUUUUAUUGUAUCAAUUUAUUACAUUUGUAAAAGCCUAAAUUCUACUGAUCAAACACAUACAAUAAGAUUUUCUUUACGUAAUAUAUCAACAAUAUCGAUUCUAUUUGGUUUAACAUGGAUAAUUGGUUUAUUUUAUCUUUAUGAUCAAUCUAUUUUAUUUGCAUAUAUAUUUACGAUAUUUAAUUCAUUUCAUGGUUUAUUUAUAUUUAUAUUUUAUUGUUUAUUAGAAAAACAUGUUCAAAAUUCAUUAAGAAAAUUAGAUUUUUAUAAAAAAACUCAUACAUCAUUUUUUCAUCAUUAUAUAAAAAGAAAUUCAAAUGGAAAUCAAAUACAUGAAAAAUCUAUUGAACAUUUUUCUUUACCUGAUAAUACAAGUAAUAGUGAUUAUAGUUCAGGACAUUCAUUUGAUAUUAAUAAUAAACAAAUAUUAUCUAAUCAAACGAAAACUUUACAUUCAAAUAAUAUAUCUCAUCAAAUAUCAUGUCAUAAUCAAUAUGAUCGACGAUUUUGUUUAAAUAAUGAAACAUCUUAUUUACCAAGUAUACCAGUUGGUUUAUUAGCAAAUCGUCUAAGUACAUUUCGAUAUCCAUUACCAUCAAAUGAAAUUAUUUUAUCCUAUGAACAAAAUGAACAAUUACUUCAAAAACCUCAAAUUCAUGAAGAUGAUCAUCAGUAUUAUGAAAUUGGUUGA